AUGGCUAAACAUACAUACAAGAAGGUUGAUGAUAAAGUCGAUACUUCCCGACUUGUUAAGGCUAUUACCUUGACGGUUCUCACGUUGAUUGCCGUGGUGGUUGCUGGCAAGCAUUUGGCUUGGGCCAUUUCUAGUGCCAUUUACGGGGAUUACAACGUGCUCCAGAUCACAUUGUAUCUCUUUGGCGGGUUAGCGGUGGAUAUCUAUGCUUGGUACUUUGCCAUCCGUGUGCUCAACCGCAAGUGGCUUGACGAGAAGAUCGACGUUGACCAUAAGAAUCACUGGAUCUGGCUUGGUACCAGUAGUUUGCCAGUCGGUGUUAAUGGCGGCAGAAAGCGAGUCUAGGUCGGCUAUACAUGGCAGUUUAAGUUAGUUUAUGCCAUCAAGUUAGCUUCCAUAAAUGAGAAAAUAAGAGACAAUUGAGAAUUGAGAAAUCGGCUUGUGUAGAGAUCAGGUGGAUGAAUUCUGUUAAUUCAUCCUUUUUGACUUUAUUCAUGCUUAGCCUCUCUUACAGAGUAAAUACAUAAUUAU